CAUUACCCCACAGCCGAUGUGGUCGAAAGUGGUCCCGAGAAUGACGAAGGACGCCCCCGCACGAAAGAAUAUAGAUCAGGAGGUACAAACAAGACUAUCAUCUCCCAGCCAUCAGACAACCAAAACCAUUGAUCCCUUAUUUUCUCUCUAUCCUUGCAAAAAAAAAAAGAACAAUCAGCCCAUCAUGACCACAAAGGCUUCCAAGACCCUCCGCCCACUCAACCGGUUCAUCACCACCCAUAAUGCCGAUGGACAAGCCAUCUUCUCCGACGCCCUGUCCGAGGUCAUGCCCGUCCAGGGUAUUCCGGAUGGCGCAGACUUCAGUCUUGCCUACACUUCCUCCCAGUUCCCCGCAGACCUCAACAACGAUGCGGACAUCAACGACUACAAGGCCUACCUAACUAGUCCCCCCGGCAUCACCAUUUCCACCGGCACCGUCUGCCGCAUCGUGGAUAUGCAGCCCGGCUCGUUGAGCCCCAUGCACCGCACGGUUUCCCUGGACUAUGGCGUCGUGCUGGACGGUGAAGUCGAGCUCGUGCUGGAUUCGGGCGAGACGAGACUGAUGAAGCGUGGCGAUGUUGCUAUCCAGCGUGGUACCAACCAUGCCUGGCGCAACGUGACGCCCGACGUCGUUGACCCCGUUACGAAGCAGGCUACCCCGCAGUGGGCGCGUAUGUUGUACGUUCUCUCUCCGUCUCAGCCUAUGGAGAUUGGUGGGAAGAGUUUGGGUGAGGUUGUGGAUGGUAUUGGUGUUCGGGCUAGCACUUAAAGAGGGAAUGCAAUACAAUAGAUAGAUGGGACAAGCUUUAUAAAAUGAAAAACAAA